AUGUCGGCGAGAGCCAUGUCUGGCAACGGCCUCCUCUUGGCCGUGGCGUUGGCAUCGGCCUUUCUGGUGGCGACAGCGACGGCGCAGUCCGGGUGCAGGGCGGCGCUGGUCGGCCUGUACCCGUGCAUGAACUACAUCAGCGGCAACGACACGGCGCCCACCAAGUCCUGCUGCUCGCAGCUCGGCUCCGUGGUGCAGUCCCAGCCCCAGUGCCUCUGCAGCGCGCUCGGCGGCGACUCGUCAUCGCUCGGCGGCAUGACCAUCAACAAGACGCGCGCGCUCGAGCUGCCCAAGGCAUGCAACGUGCAGACCCCGCCGGCGAGCAAGUGCAACAACGGUGGUGGCGGUGCUCCUGGCGCCGCCUCGCCAGAGGUGCAGACACCUGCCGGCUCGGGGUCGAAGGCAACGCCGUCGGCGUACCUGCAGGAGAACGGCGGCUCGUCGCUCCAGGGCACGGUGGCCCUGGUGUUCGCGGUCGCUGCUGCGGCGGUCUAUGCCGUGUCGGCCGUGUAG